AGCGCGAGUCGAGGCGGCAGGGAGGCUGGUGCACUGGCUUGGCCAACCAGCCUCAGUUCACCCGUCUGCUCACUGCGUGGCUACCUGGGACUCCUCGGCUGCAGGACGCCUGUCAUUACUGGCGUGGAGUGCCAACUCGGGCCUCUGCGACUCCUCCGCUGGCCAAGGCAGACGCCGGGAUUGCAGUAGCCCGCGGGAACUGCGGGCUAGAUCGCUGUGCGCGUGCGCAGUCGGGAAGCGCACCGGCCGCUCGGCGGGGGCCACGACCAGGAUGGCGUGUGCUCCGGCGGCCGUCGGUCCCCGCGCGCUCUGGGCUGUCGCCUGGGGGCUCCUGCUGCUGGUCCCCUCGCCCGCCGGCGCGCAGCGGGGCAGGAAGAAAGUCGUGCACGUGCUGGAGGGCGACUCGGGCUCGGUGGUGGUGCAGACGGCGCCCGGGCAGGUGGUGAGCCACCGCGGCGGCACCAUCGUGCUACCCUGCCGUUACCACUACGAGGCGGCUGCCCACGGCCACGAUGGCGUCCGCCUCAAGUGGACGAAGGUGGUGGACCCCUUAGCUUUCGUCGAUGUCUUCGUGGCUCUGGGUCCUCAGCAACGAGCCUUCGGUGCCUACCGAGGGCGGGCCGAGCUGCAGAAAGACGGGCCGGGGGACGCCUCCCUGGUCCUCCGAAACGUCACCCUGCAGGACUACGGGCGCUACGAAUGCGAGGUCACCAAUGAGCUGGAGGAUGACGCCGGCAUGGUCAAGCUGGAUCUGGAAGGCGUGGUCUUCCCUUAUCAUCCGCGCGGAGGCCGCUACAAAAUGACUUUCGUGGAAGCGCAGCGCGCCUGCGCCGAGCAGGACGGCAUUCUGGCGUCCGCGGAGCAGCUGCACGCGGCCUGGCGCGAUGGCCUGGACUGGUGCAAUGCGGGGUGGCUACGCGAUGGCUCUGUGCAGUACCCAGUGAGCCAGGCCCGGGAGCCCUGUGGCGGAGCUGGGAGCCCUGGGGCCGGCGGCGGCCUCAACGGGGGUGUGCGCAACUACGGAUAUCGUCACAACGCUGAGGAGCGCUACGAUGCCUUCUGCUUCACGUCCAACCUCCCAGGCCGCGUGUUCUUCCUGAAGCCGCUGCGGCCGGUGGCCUUGGCAGGGGCGGCGCGCGCGUGCGCGGCGCGGGGUGCGACGGUGGCCAAGGUCGGGCAGCUGUUCGCUGCGUGGAAGCUCCAGCUGUUGGACCGCUGCACGGCAGGCUGGCUGGCGGAUGGCAGCGCGCGCUACCCCAUCGUGAAUCCGCGAACUCGCUGCGGGGGCCCUCGGCCUGGCGUGCGUAGCCUCGGUUUCCCCGACGCUUCCCGACGCCUCUUCGGUGUCUACUGCUACCGUGCUCCGGGCGCCCCAGACCCAGCUCCAGGCGGCUGGGGCUGGGGCUGGGCGGGCGGAGGAGGCUGGGCCGGAGGAUCCAGGGACCCGGCUGCCUGGACCCCGCUGCGUGUCUAGGACCGGGAGGAUGCGUUUGUAUGUUGGGAGCUGAUCCAGUGGCCCACACAAUCCCUGGAUACAGACCACUUCUCGAAGAUCCCUUGGACACGUGACAUACCUGUGCAGUGCGCUGCAGGCUGACCCAGCUACCUGUGGUCUUUGGACACUGGACACACCUCCUAAGAUUUCCUGGGUGUGUGAUGCACCCUGUGGUGACCAGCAGGCUGACCCACCUGUUGUGAGCUUUGGUCGUUGACUAUGCCGCCCUCUGAAGUUCCCUGAUAGUGGCCAAGCCCACUUCUUUGGAUAGUGGAUGUCCAAUCUCCCAGACUUUGUCUAGAAGGGCCACGCUCUCCCCCAACCCCCAGGAUCCCAGUAGAUCAGCAGGACCCAGUUUCCUAGAGAGGAGCCACCCUUCUGUGGCCUCCUGGAAAACAGGUGGACACCCCCUCAGUCACCUGGAGGCUGGACCCCCAGGAUUAACUGGCCACACAAACCCUCUGUAUCUCCGGGGAGCUGGAAAGCUGGUCUUGGAUAGUCAGCUGUCUACUGACGUCUCCCAUCAUCUGGUGAAGACACAGAAAACUCCAGAUCACGUGGGGAUCAGGCCCUGUGCUGUCGGGUGACUCGGAGGCCGGCUACACUCUUCCGGAGUCUCUAAGUCUGCCUUGCGCCCAGUCACUAUGGAGGACAGCUCCAACGCCUCUGGCCUCAUGGGAGAAUACCUCCAGCUGGCUCCCAGGAGCAGUGGCCAUGCCUACCCUCAGGUAUUUCUCUGGCUGGAGUGUAGACUCACCUGAAUGUUCCUUCCCUUUGCUCCUCGAGGGCUGUCACCAAAGAGAUCAUUCCCUCAGACCAGAAACCCCUAAAAAUGUUACUUGUAGAGACAAACUGCUCGGUUUCUUAAGGACACAAAGGCCACCAGUGUGGCCUUACCUGUUCUGUUACUCAUGAUACCCGCCUUUCUCCAUAACCAUGGCUAUCGAACUUUUCCUUUCUCUCUGGCCUAGAGCCCAGACACCUACCACUAAAUUUAUGGCUAUCCCUGCCCUGAUAUCCACCAUCUUCCCCAUUGCAUGUCCUCAGGGUCACCCAGCAUUCCAUUCUCCAGGCCUCUCCAUGGAAACAGCUGCAGCUUUCCCAAUAUGCACCUCCCACUCCUCUCGGCCAUCCAGGCCCCACCCCCAGACAGCUUGGACCUCACAACUGUUGCCUUGGAGACCAAACUCUAGUGUCCAAGGUAACAGAACACCUGUCUCUCCAAGGCUUACCCUUCAGGGUCCUGUCCUACUCAGCUGUUGCCAUGGAGACCGGCAGUGUCUCCAUGACAACUGAUCUGCAGAUCUCAGGAACUUCUUGGCCAUGGGCAGAGUGCCUCUUACUGGAGUCGCCUACUGUGUCCCUUCUUCAGAUGGGCUCAGGCAGGACUCUGCUUCUGGAGCAGCUGCCUGCCACCAACCCUUUGCAUGAUUACUCCAGCAGGCAGCCACUGAGCAUGAGCCGCCGCUGCAACCCCCUCCAGCACUUUAAAUUAUGGCCCCUCGGAAGAGGAAACUGAGGCUGUGGUACUGCACAGGCCAGAGCUUUCCUUCCUUGGAGAUCAAAGAGGAUGGAAUGUACCUGAACUCACCAAUUCAACCAGUUUCUGAUGGCCCGUGUGUGCUCAAGAGUCAAGACCAGCUCAAUCAGUCACAGCCCAAAGACUUGUGUAUGGACAGGGCCAUCACAGAUGCAGCCCUGAGGAGCUGCUUGGAGCAGCGAGCACCCUUGCCCACACGCACCUUCCUGCCUGUCCCAUCUAUCUUGGAAAAACCCACCCUUGAGACUGGAAGCCAGGUGGCUGUGGGAGCAAACCCCACCUUUUGUUCUAAAAUGUGCGACCAAGUGGCAGGACUUGUCCAGGACCAGGAUUGUUCUGAGUUCCACAGUCUGCAGCCCAGGGUUCAAUAAACCUUUGUUCCUUUUAAUGAAUGAGAACAUGGCUGCCAGGUCCCUUUGUCAUCAGUGCUGUGGGCUUCUCAGGCCAGGUUGGAAAGCAGCUUCUUUUUUUUUUUUUUCACUGCCCCCCAACAGAGACCCUGGGAGACACCCUCUGACCUCAUGUGCACUGUGGCAUGUGUGUGUACCCAUACAUAACAAUAACAUGUGAUUUUAAAAUGUUAAGUCAGGAUCUGGUUGUAGGACUGAGAUACGUGUGUGUGUGUGUGUGUGUGUGUGUGUGUGUGUUUUGAGGCAGGAUUUCUCAGUGUAGCCUUGGCUCUCUUGAACUCGCUUUGUAAACCAGGCUGGCCUUUAACUCACAGUGAGCAGCCUGCCUGUCUCCCAGAGUGCUGAGAUUAAAAGUGUG